UCUAGGGCUUUAACAAGAAAGUUCAUUUUGGGGACUACGUGACACAAGCUAACCUUAGCGGUCACAUCAGAAUAUUUCCGGAUCAGUGUUUUUUUUAGUAGCCUGCGUGCGUGAAAAAAGCAGCGCAGUGUAUUGUGCAGCCAACAGGUGUACAGUCGAUAGUGCCGAGAAGUAUACAUCGUAGCACAUCUAGAAAAGCUGACGCAUCAGAUCUGCAGAUCGGGGUCUCGACGACUGACGACCUUACUUCACGUUUUCUUAAACAUGCGCGGACCAAGCAAUACUAUGGCCGAUGUCCGCCUUUCGCAGCUAUUAGUCACAUUGUGCAUUCUAGGAGUGUUAAGCUGCCUUUUUGUAACCCGCCUGGGGUACGUGCACGUGAAAGUCAACUGGCCUGAGUUCCGUGACGUGGCAGAAAAAAAAGUUCAGGAAUCUGCUGCCUUCAGUAAUGUGGCGCUGGUAAGGCCUCCACCCAGUGAGAAAAUGACGCUGGUGUACGUUAUAUGCGAGAACCAUUUUGAUCUGGGCCUCGUGGCUGUCAAGUCAGCCGUAGCCUACUCCACGACCAGACUGCACCUUAUCGUCAUAGCAGAUGAUUAUAACAAGGACAAGAUGCGAAACGAGUACGCCUCUUGGCCAGAUCACGUCAAGAUGCGUGUCAGCUGCGAUGUGGUGUCUGUGUGGUUCCCCAAGAAGAAUUAUUACCAUUGGUGGGCCAUGUUCAGGCCUUGUGCAACGCAGAGGCUCUUUUUAUCGGUCACUGACGAUGGAAGCGAUGCAAGAUACAAUACUGAUACCAGAUUUUUGAAGAGUAUGUUUCCUAACGAGGAUGCCGUCAUCUACGUCGACACAGACGUGAUAUUUGUUCAUCCUGUUGAAGACUUCUGGAGAAAAUUCUAUGCCAUGAAUGAAUGGCAGAUGGCUGGCAUGGCACCGGAGACAGAGAACUACACAAUGAACUACUAUACGACAAAGGCACUACAUCCAUUCGUGCAGCCGUUUGCGUUGAAUGCUGGGUUGCUGAUGAUGAACCUCACACGAAUGCGGGCCUUCGACCUGGAGAACCGCGUGAUGCGACUAAAGCAAGAGUUCCAUGGUCGAAUUCCGUUUGCGGACCAGGACUUGCUGAACAUCGUUUUCACCCGCUAUCCGCAAGGGAUAUUUACCUUCACGUGCCGCUGGAACUACCGCGGAGAACACUGUUACGGCGAUGCCCUGUGCACUGACGGCCCAAUAGCGGUGGUGCAUGCCUCGCGCAAGUUGGUUCUAGACCGCCUGGAGCCGGCGUUUGUCACUCUUCAUGAAACUAUGCGGAAUUUCAAACUUGGACAAAAUCUGGUGGAUGACUUUAUUGAUCCUCUCAACAAAAGUCUUCAGAAUAUUACAUUGACGGGAUGCACUAAAGAUGUUGAGAAAACAGCUACAUCUACUUCGGCUGUCCGCAAGUCGUGUUGACAAGAUCACAACGCAAGCUGCGGCCACAUACCUACCGUAGUUGUUGAGUGCAUUUCCGCGUGGCUAGAGUGAAGUUUCCUUGGGGCCACAUUGAGUCACACUGUCUGAACGCUAGAAUCGUGUUGCGACGUUUCUUCACUGCCACGAUCGGGAUAGGCGAUUGUUAGAGAGGGCGACUCAUCUCAGAGAAACAAAAAAAGUUCGAUUAACCACCUUCGAACAUGCACCUCUCUAGAGAUAUUUGCUACGGCAACUUGGGAAGAGAUCCGGAAUAACCUCAGGGGAAAACAUCGAUAGCCUACCGACUAUAGCAAACAAAAUGCGUAUUCAUCAUGUUGGCAUUUUUCUUCAGUUCCCAGAAAUAUUUAAGUUGCACAAAAAAAAAACUGGGGACAAUUGCAGUGUGAUGCUUACAAGAAAAUCUCUACUCAGUGUGCAUUUUAGUCUCAAUCAAGUCCUCAACAAAAUUGUGCAACUUCACGCCUUGUGCGACGUAUACCAUAUCAGUAGUUGCUACUACGCUUGCAAGAUUUUCUCGAAAUUACUCAUUAUCAAUAUAUUGGAUUGGGAUGCCUGUAGAUUGAUAUUCUGUGCUUUCCAUUGGUUAUAAAUGCACUUAGGUAAAUAUGUUAUAAUUUAAUUUGAGAGGUGUAGCCUUAUAUAGCUACUAACCUGACGGUGAUGUUUUGAUGUCUUAAAUAUGUAUAUUCAGGAAUAAUUUAAGGCUGUUUUCUCAUUCCUGCUUUCAGCGCACACCACUCAUAAGCAAACUCGUCUAAUUUGUGUGAGCGUAUGCAAAGCGAAAAAAUUCUUCUAUACCACUUAUUAAGAUACCGGUAUUACCUUGUGAGUUGCCCCGUUCAGCUCUGAAACUUCGUGGCGUCCAGACACGCGGACCAAUAUCGAGCACUUCUAGAAAAUUCUUGAGAGAUUUUGCCGUGAACGAAUGCCCAAAGACUCAAAAUGUUCGGCCGGGACGGAAUGAGAAAGCGAGCAUCGAUCGGAGUUGUAAAUACAUUGUUUGAUCCGUGUCUACAUGGGCUCUCUACUAGUUUAAUAGGUAUCAUCACUGAGUGGCCUACAUGUGUUCAUUUACGAGAUCGGAGGACUACCGAACAGCCGUUAAGUACACCUGCAUAACUUAUGUCAUCAUCAUAUAAGCCAACUGACAACCACUUACAUUCACACAUCUACAUUACGUAGGAAACAAAGUGCUAACGAGUGCCAAAAUGCCACUGUUCCAUAGAAAGUUAUCAAUACUAUUAAAGCGCACUUCUUCAAUAACCUUCAACGUUGCGGGCAUAACGAUUCCUUUGAACUCGUUGGUAUGUGGUCUUAUGUAAAUAAACUCUAUUGAAGUUUGCGCCAGUGUGUGUCAUGGCGUGGC